GUAGAUUUUGUUUACACUAAAAUCACAGUAUCAUAUAGUUGCUUUCUAUGUUAUAUUAUUCAAUUAUUUAUGCGUUUCUUAAUGGAAUGCUCACUGUUACACGAUCACCAAAGGAAGCUACCCAAAUCAUGUUAUCCAUGUGAUCAAUGCAGCCUCCAGAGAUGAUGGAGAAGUACCUGCUGACCGUGCUAGUCACCCUGGAACAGGAGUCGGCCAUCAGAUACCUGUUCACUCAACAGGGAUGGGAGUUCCUCAAGUUAGGAGAAUCAGAGCAGACAGCUGAGGAAGAGGGUCCAGUACAUGUAGAAUGUCCACUGCCAGGUAAUAACACACUUGUGAUAAAGCAAGAAUCACAAGAAAGAGAGGAAAGUGCAUUCACCAAAAUUGUUCCACGACCCAAGGCUGUGGAAUUAAGCCAUCAAGAUUCGACAGACAAGGGGACAGAAAUCAAGGAGGAAAAGGUCGAUUAUAAUAUGGACUGUGAUACAGAUGUGGAUGAAUUCUAUUCUGAAGAAUCUCAGGACAAUUGUUUAAAUACUUUAAUUUUUAAGAAGGUUAAGGCAGAAAAGCCAAAAGGCAAGAAGCCAAAACAAUUAAAGAAAAGCCCCCAAAAAACUAAAUCAAAAUCUGAUGUACUUGGUAAACAUACAUGUUUUGACUGCAACAAGCAGUUUUCUUCUGAAAGUAACUUGAAGGUUCAUAAAGCCAGAAAUAAUGGCAAGUGCUUUCUUAACUGCGAGUAUUGUGGGAAGAAGUUUAUUAAGCCAUCCAAAAUGAAUAUCCACAUUCGUGGAGUUCAUAAAAAAGAAUUUGCAGAUAAACUACGCACAAAAGGUCAUAAUACAAAAUCGAAGGAUAUCUUAAAAACGGAAAAUGAUGAGUACAAUAUGGAUACAGACACUGAUGUUGAUGAUAAUUUAAGAUUAGAAGGUGAUGCUAAUGAUAUCCAAAACACAAACCAUUCAUCAGACUUGCACAAUGGUUCCAUGACCAAAACACCUCGAGUGAAAAAGGAACGUCCAAAGUUAUAUACCUGUUCAGAAUGUGCUAGAAGCUUCACAUCAGAGAACAAUCUUUUAGCUCACAAGGCAAAAAACAACGGUCUUUGCUAUUUUACAUGUGAAUACUGUCAGAAGAAGUUCUACAAGCGCAGCAAGAUGAACACCCACAUUCAGACUAUUCACACUAAGAAUUUGCCGUUCAUUUGUGAGAUUUGCGGCCGGGGGGCUGUAUCGGCUGAAAAGUUAAAGGUUCACAUGCGGAUACAUACAGGUGAGAAACCUUGUAUAUGUGAGCAGUGUGGUCGGGGGUAUCGAUCGCUGGGCGAGCUAACCACGCAUCGGAAAUAUCAACACAUAUGGAAGGAAAACGAUGUGAAAUUUAUGUGCAAAAUCUGUAACACAGACUACAGAAGCAAGCCAUACCUUGCAUAUCACAUGAAGGUCACACACGCUGAGGGACGGGAGCACAAGUGCUCUUUGUGCGAGAAAAGUUUUAAAGCUUCUGAUCAUCUUAGAUAUCAUAUGAAGUUCACACAUUCCGAAAGGCCUCAAUACCAGUGUAAGGAAUGUGAUAAGGCAUUUAAAGCCCCUGCUGCAUUGAGGAAGCAUGCCCUUCAACAUAAAGCUCACCGCGAAAAGACAUUCUUCUGUUCUAUGUGUGACAAGUCUUUCUUUGAGAAGGUCAGACUAAAGCAACACGAGUAUGUUCACCUUGGUUUAAAACCAUACAAGUGUAACUUUUGUAGCUACAGUUGUGCAUUUAAUGGUAACCUGUGCAAGCACAAGAAGUCUGUGCAUCCGUUGGAGUGGAAAGCUGCCAAAGAAGAGAAAAAGGAUGUUUCAAGUGCGCAGAAGAAUUCAAAGAGUAAGACAUUGGAUAAUGGGCAGGAAGAUGAGGUUGCCAGUGGUGAAGCCUCUAAUGAUGAUGAUAAAAAAGAGAUGUCCGUAAACAAUCAUCUUGAUUCUGAUGUUUCAAUGCCUGUCAACUAAAAUGAAAAUAGCUCUCAGUUUCUAUAAUAGACAUGUUUUUAUGUUUGACCAUUGUUUUUUCCCUGUCUGUUUGAUGGUUUGUUGGUUUGUUUGUGUCAAACUUUAACAUUGGCCAUAACUUUUGCAAUAUCGAAGAUAGCAACUUGAUAUUUGGCUUGCAUGUGUAUCUCAUGGAGCUGCACAUUUUGAGUGGUGAAAGGUCAAGGUCAUCCUUCAAGGUCAGAGGUCAAAUAUAUGGCCAGGGGUUCUGAAAUAUUUUAAGAGUCUAAUUGUCCACUGACAAGUUGGACCCACAAAUUCACUUGUCCGUACCAAAGAAGUACUUGUCCGUACUUUGAAGAUAGAUAAAAGGAAAAGGUCAUUACUAAUUAAGCAAAUAAUACAAGCAUACACUUUUGUUAACUUCUAUUUUAAAUUAUAAACAUAGUUAACUAGAAAAUUGAACAAAAAAUACAAGCAAGAUGUGCAUAUAAUAAGAUCACGUUUAAGUCACACAUGAUACUAGUCUUAUUUAUAAGACGCGCAAAGAAUUUAGAGAUACUUUUUAUGUGGGCUAAAUUCUUUGGAACUCCAAAUAUUACCAAUAUAAAAAGUAGCUUAAUAUUUGAGAGCGUAAACAAGUUCGACUAACAUGAUACAUGUACCAUCUCGGAUAUUUAAUAAUCUCAACAUGACUACACAAUUCACUUGAAAUAAAAUAAUAUUUAAUAAUCUCAACAUGACUACACAAUUCACUUGAAAUAAAAUAAUCUCCGUUAAUUAUAAGUAUAUAAUUAUCCGCUAAUAAAGGAAACUCCUUACGAAGUUUACAUUUACACACAUCGGCAACGUUUCAAGCCAAGGAAAAUCAAUUAGCCAAGACUCAAAAAAUUCUCGUUUCCGCUUGGCGUCGUGUGUUUAUCAUAUUCAUACUUGGCUUUUCUCUUCUUUUCCGACGCCGAACUGAUUUUAUCAUUGGUCUGAUUAGCGUCAUGGCUAGACGUUGAAGUGGUUUUAUUAUAUUAAAAUCGAAUGCAGGUCGUUAGAACAUGUAUGCGGCCAUUUGCAAUGUACGAAAAGUGUUAUCGUAAAAUUCUUAUGCGUGAUUGGCUGUUGCUAUACACAUGUGUGCUGGUUUCUCUAUUAAAACAGGGACAUAGGUCCCUGAUUAAAAUUGUUUUCUUAUGCGUGAUUGGCUGUUGCUAUAUAUACUCGUGGACUGGUUUACCACAUUAAAUAAUUAUUAUCGGAAAAUAACAUACCUCCAGUUAAAAAAGUGUGCUAGUCCGCAGAUUAAUCAUAAGCUAUUUAAAUAAACUUCAUUUUUUAUUUUGGAAAAAUAUUGAAGUUUCGUUCUCGAAACAAAUUUUACCACGGAAAUUUUACUUGUCCCCGGACAAGCCAGCUUUCAAAAACUGCUUGCCCGGAAGGGUAAAUUGACGACUCGGACAACUCGGACAGCAUAUUUCAGAACCCCUGAUUAUGGGGGGACAUAGUGUUUCACAAACACAUCUUGUUUUGGAAAUGUACAUGAUUUGCAAACCUUGUGCUACUGCUUUUUUCCUUUUUUUUCAUAAUAAGGGAAAAGGUUUUUACAUUCCAUUUUGAGUAAUAAUUUCUUGACUAAUCUGAGAAAGGGAAAUAAUUUUUUAGUAAAUUUUUUAGAUUAUUUUCUCAAAGGUUUGCUUGAUUAUUAAUCUAGUAAGUUGUAGGUUUUUUUUUAACAUAUAGGAUGAUUACCCGUUGAUCAACCUAAUUUGCUGUUCAGUAAUUUUACAUAUGUAAUCUAUGUGUGUCUAUAGGCAUACAUUUCGUUGUGCUUUCCUCGUCUGUUCUUCUCAGAACAAUCUCUCACAUUUUUAAUAAUCUAUAACGGUUGAUAAACACAUUAACUUAUUUGCAUCUACAUUGUGACCACAUUAUUUUUAUACAAUGUUUUUUCAUGUCAAGUCAUGGGACAUUUUGCUGUUACAUGUUUCCUGGCUUUAGUGUCAUUUAAAAUCAGAAAGUUCUGAAACAAUAUGACUAGUUUAUUGAUAUAUUUGAUUAGGAAAUGGAAAAGAAAUUACAAUUGUAAACAAUUGUGUUAUUAUUAUUUCAAACAAAUACAAUUCUGAAAAAAUUGUGAUGUAUACAAAUUAAAUAGUGCACUUUGUAUUGCUGAAAACUUAAUCAUGCACAAAACAAAUGUAUACUUAAGGGAAAUAAAGUUUGUUUAUGUUUAUAGAUAUAAAAAAAAUUCUAAAACAAAUACAGGUAAACAUUGUGGUAUCAGCUAUUGAUGUUAUAUCUUGUUAUGAGUUUUAUUAAAAUAAACAACAUUUUAUUAAUUGUACCAUCAUGAGAUGAGUUAUGUUUUUUACCACACCAAAGUUGGUGGGAUAUAGCAUUGGAGUUGUCAUUCUGUCCGUCCGUCUCACUCUGACACAAUUUUUCAGGGCUAUAUUUUAGAAACUGCAUAAAAUAUCAAUUUUAAACUUCAUGGGUGUAUUGAUAUCAAUGAGGAGAAGUGCCAUGCACAAGAACCUUAACACUACACUUCAUAAUAAGGAGUAAUUGCCCUUUGUUUUUAGCUCACCUGAGCACAAGGUGCUCAUGGUGAGCUUUUGUGAUCGCCUUUUGUCCAUCGUUUGUCCUCUAUCGUGCGGCGUCAACAUUUGCCUUGUUAACACUGGAGGCCACAUUUAUUGUCCAAUCUUCAUGAGAUUUGGUCAGAAGAUUGGUCUCAAUGAUACAUGUUUAUCUUGGAUGAGUUCGAAAAUGGUUACGUUUGCUUGAAAAACAUGGCAUGCGGGGCAUUUUUCCUUAUAUGGCUAUAGUAAAAUCUUGUUAACACUCUAGAGGCCACAUUUAUUGUCUGAUCUUUAUGAAACUUGGUCAGAAGAUUCAUCCCAAUAAUAUCUUUGACGAGUUCGAAAAUGAUGCUGGUUGAUUAAAAAACAGGGGCAGGGCAUUUUUCCUUAUAUGGCUAUAGUAAAACCUUGUUAACACUCUAGAGGCCACAUUUAUUUUCAGAUCUUCAUGAAACUUGCUCAGAAGAUUGGUCUCAAUGACAUCUUAGAUGAGUUCAAAAAUGGUUACGUUUGCUUGAAAAACAUGGCUGCCAAGGGGCGGGGCAUUUUUCCUCAUAUGGCUUUAGUAAAAUCUUGUUAACACUCUAGAGGCCACAUUUAUUUUCAGAUCUUCAUGAAACUUGCUCAGAAGAUUUCUUCAAAUGAUAUCUUGUAGGAGUUCAAAAAUGGUAACCUUUGCUUGAAAAACAUGGCUGCCAAGGGGUGGGGCAUUUUUCCUUAUAUGGCUUUAUAUAGCUAUAGUAAAAUCUUGUUAACACUCUAGUUUGCCCAAUCUUCAUGAAAUUUUGUCAGAACAUUUGUUUCCUGUGUAUUAAAGUUUGGUUUUAUUAUGUCAUUAUUAUGUAACAUUAACUGUAUUACGUAAUUUUUCAUAACACAGAAUUUUCAUAAUUAACAUAAUUGUUUAAGCCAUUAGCACUUAUGAUAAGCCUAUCAACUAAGAGAUAGCUGAAAGAAAGACAACAUGUACAUGAUUUUGCAGUAUUUAUUUCCAUUGGUUAACCCAUUCUAUACAUAGAUGGUGACGUCACUACGUUAUUGUCACCUCUAUACUUAGACGCAUCACACACCUCCAUUUGGAGGCAUUUAUGACUACGACACAAAGAAGUCCGCGGAUGAAUGAAGAAUUUGCUUUAUAAGUAAACAUUCAUGUAAUGAUUUAAAAGUUAAGUAUUAUUUUGUUCAGUUUUA